AUGGCAGCUUGUUGUCUCUUUGGUGCCUUCAUUGUGAGCAUUUUCCUACAAAAAUGCAACCAAAUCACAUCCGACGCCUCCAUUGACUCCCUCCUGAACAUUGUCCCCAAGGAGGAAAUCGGGAACGACAGAACCCUUUCAUUAGCAGUCGAGGGGAUCUCAUGCAUUAACUGCACAGAUAAAAUUGAAAAAAAGAUUCUUAGCAUUGAUGGUGUUCGAAUCGCCCGCCUAGAGCCCCUGAGUGGCCGAGCAGUCGUCGUCUACAAUUCCCAGAUCAUCCAACCAAUAUCUAUCACCAAUACUGUUCAAAAACUAGGAUUUCCCUGUCGCACUAGCAACUCAACAGCUCAAGCUAGGUGGAAAUGGGGUCUGGCGUUUACAUGGAGCUUGUUUCUGAUUUUGCCGAUUUGCCUCUUGCAUUUCAAUCUUGAUUUCCUGAUCGAUGCGAGGACUCGGCAUCUGUAUAGAAUCAUUCUGGCUGGUAUCGUGCAGACGGUUUUUGGAUGGCCAUUUUACCGCCAGUGCAUUUUUUCGUUGCGCAAUGGUUGGCGUCAAUCUAUGGAUUCUCUUAUCGUCUAUUCUACCACCGUCUCUUACUUGACCGACCUCUUCUUUUAUAGCCGUGGACUACCAGCCAAUCACGCCACCACGGCUGCUAUGCUUAUCUCUGUCAUGUCUCUUAAUAGGCAUUUGGAAUCACGCUUUCGUCGCUCGGCUACCGCAGCUCUGGUUGCUGUUGCCCAGCUUCUGCCUACCCACGCGCACUCUUUCACCCUGGGAAGACAGGUACUGGCACGGAUGCUUAAAUCCGGCGACCGAGUUUUAGUAAAGCCAGGAGAGCGAUUUCCCUGUGAUGGCACUCUGAUAGCCCACCCGGUAUGUCCCUGCAGUGUUCCACUGCUAGUAGACGAAAGCCUCCAUACCGGAGAGUCACAUCGCAUUGAGAAGCGGUUGGGAGAUAUCUGCAUCGCUGGCACAACUAAUGAAAGUCAUGAGACUGUGCUCCUUGAAGUCUUACCCGGCGCAGGGCGCAGCCGCAUCGGUGAAAUUGUUGAUGCAAUCCUCCAUGCCCAGCGAAGAAGUUCCCAAUUCCAGGCCUCUACCGAACGACUUGGACAGGCUAUCACUCCUGCUGCGAUCAUUCUUUCCGCUGUCGCCUUCUUCUACUGGCUCUCUGAUGGACUGGAGAAAGCCUUGGGCUUUAUGACCGCUUCGUUGGCUGUGGCUUGUCCUUGUGCUACGGGCUUAGGUGUACCGGCCGCCGUGAUGGUCGCCAGUGGUUACAGCGUUACAAAGGGUGUAGUCUUCAAGGGGGGCGCGUCGGCCAUACAAACCAUGGCGGCGUUGACAACCGUCGUUUUCGACAAGACUGGCACUCUCACCUCAAAUGAGAUGGUAAUUAGUGGAAAUCAAAUCCGUGGCUCUUUCUCUGCAGAUAAGUGGUGGACUCUUGUCGCCGCCGCGGAGAAAAAAGCAUCAUCCCACUGGGUAAGAACAUUAGUGAUGGAGCAUGUGGCGACCAAUUUUCCAGACCUUCGACCAGGCGAUCUGGGAGUGGAAAUUUUGACCGAAACCCUAGGACAGGGGGUCCAAGCCAAGGUAGGCUUUUUGAAGGUUUGUGUUGGAAAUGCUACGAUGCUGGACAAUGCCGGUGUGCAGGGUAGAGACGGCAUGCUCGAAGAUCUAGCUCAACUUUGUCCCUCGGAUAUGUGUGUUUUUGUUGCGAUAGACGGCCGCUAUGCUGGUUAUAUGACUGCUCAAAAUCCUAUGCGGCCCGAAUUACGUCGUGCAGUCCAGGGCCUCCAGUCAUUGGGCGUUGAAUGCUAUUUAAUGACUGGUGAUAGAGAGGCGAUUGCUCUUGAUAUUGCAGAAAGAGUUGGCAUUCAAAACAUUUGGCACGAGCUAAGUCCAGUAGACAAAGCUCAUCACAUUUCUCAACUCCGAGAAUCGAAGAAAGUUGUUGCAAUGGUUGGGGAUGGAAUCAAUGACGCAGCAGCAUUAAGCACCGCCAACCUUGGCAUCUGUCCUCAAAGCGGUACAUCUGUUGCUCUGGCAUCAUCAGAUGUUGUUCUUCUCAAAUCUUCCCUGUUGGAUAUUGUGAACGCAAUUCAUAUCGCGAAGUACACGACAAAUACGAUCAAUGCAAACCUUAUCUGGGCCUACGUUUUUAACGCUAUUAUGAUGCCACUGGCCAUGGGUCUGUGGUCGCCGUGGAGACUGAACAUUUCACCAUGA